UUGUUGCUCGUGCUCGUGGUUUUCAUGGUGUCGUUGUGUCGCUGUCGUUUAUGAUUUGCGUGUGUAUGAGUAGUUGUGCUGUGCGUACUGUUAGUGCUUCUGACAAUGAGCCGCCACAGUGACUGUGAUAAGUGAACCUCUCCAAAAGCCAUUCGCCUGGUGAAGAAACGCGUAGUGGCAGUGGAGAAAAAAAUCGGCAGGGGCGGUCCGAGUCAUAUUAAUGACUCGUGUUUAACGGGAGGACCGCAAACCAGACGGAUUUUAUAAUUAUGUUCAAUGUACCGCCCAAGUUCUACGAGCUGUGUCGCCUUUGUUUAUCGUCGGACGGUGUCAAGUUGCCCAUAUUCGAGGAUGAAGGUGCUCAGCGCAAUUUCGCCGAAAAGAUUUUGACGUGUUUGUCAAUAGCGGUGAAAGAUGGAGAUUCAUUACCUCCAAUUAUUUGUCAUCGAUGUGUGUACAAAUUGGAUGUACUUCAUAACUUUCGCGAAGUAUCUCGAAAAUCAGAUAUUAUACUCAAACAGUACCUGGAUUAUGCCAAGCAGUUGUCAUCUUCUGACAACCAGGAAAAGUCUUUCUCCACUGCCAAAAUAGCUGACUUGAGUCCAUUACAAUCAUUUUUACAACUCAACAAAACUCUUUUCAAUGAAGAGUCCAAUUCACCCGCAAGCAUUAAUCAAAAUGUCAUACCUCAAACAGAAACACAUCACUUAGAAUUGCGGACUAGUGAAUUACCUGAUCAAGACAAUAUUAAAUGUGAGCCUGAAGACGAUACUUAUUCAAACAGUUCUGAUCCUGAUAGACUAGAGAUUGAAGAUCGUGAGGAGCAUGAUUCUGAUGCUGACGAAAAUGGUUAUGAUAUGACUAUUAGUAAGCGUUUGAGAAUGGAUAGUAAUAAUGAAAGUUCUUCGAAAAGAAGUUCUCCUAAUCAAAGUCCAGUUAAUAGAAUGGAUACACCUGAAAGUAAUUGUUCCGACACACACAUUGAUCAAGAAACGACAAAGUUGUGGCAAGCAUUAGCGAACAAUCGAAAUUUGGAAAUUACCCGAAGCAAUGGUGACAAAGUUAACAAUGGUUUUACUGGUGAGGCUACUAAUCUACUACGUUCUCUUAUCAACAAUCGGCAGAUCGGUAUCACGGCUGUAGACAAAGGUAGAAUAUCACCUCAAGUAAGGUUCUACCGUGAUACUCAAGGGACAACAAUUGAACGAAAUGUUUCAGAUUGUUCAAUACGUGGAAACCGGAGUGUCCAGUCACUAGAAAAUAAAAGUGCGUCUAUGGAUAGUAAUCCAUCCAGUCCAGCUAGUAUAGGCCGUAAAGAGACAAAAGGUAGACGAAAACAAAGUUACCCUAGUAAAGCACCAACUAGCCCUGAUAUUGUCAGCUAUCAUCAUGAAUCCAGUGAAGAACAAGCACAUGAUUUUACUUACUGGUCAAAUCAUAUAAAAAAUAAGGUGGAUGAACAGCGACAACAGUUUGAUCAACAGAGUACGAACAUGACUAAAAAGGUAGAUAUGUCUUGUACAAAUUGUGGAACCAUGACAACAACUAUUUGGAGACGUAAUAUGAAGGGUGAGAUGGUUUGCAACGCUUGUGGGCUUUAUUAUAAACUUCAUGGAGUUAAUAGACCUGUAACCAUGAGAAGGGAUACGAUACAUACUCGUAGACGUAGACCUAAAGGUGAAAAACCUACAAGACAUCGAAAAAAAGAAGCCGUUGUAUCUACAAAAACUGAACAAAUGGAUGCUGAAAGUGCUGAUAUGCUGGCAGCUUUACGUCGACAAAUUCAACCUCAUCUAAUGAUGGCUGCUUUAACACCUCAGAAUUUGUCAGGAACUCAUUCUCCGACUGCAGCGGCACAACUCAACUAUCCUCUUCCUCUUUCCUCUUACAUGAUGCACGUGAGUACGCCGCACAUGUAUUCCGUAGAUCUAGUUAGUCGUGUGACCCGUGAUGGAAUAUCUGUUGGCUCACCUAAAACAAGUGACAUCAUGAAUUUUACACAGCAUGUCAAAAACGAAGCGAGGGAAUGUAGUACGUCUGAAGAGGCUGACGAUGGCGAUGAAGACAAUGUAUCUGACGUACCAUUAAAUCUCGUUGCAACUUCAUUAUCAGAAGAGGCACACUGAGAAAUGCUAAUAAGCUCAAAAUUAUUGGAUUGUCAGUAAUUAGUGAAUAUAAGGAGGAAUUUUUCUCAUCAGGAAUAUGAUCUGUCCGGUAACACAAACAGGGUGCAACUGUUAUGUUAUCUUUUCUUAUUGGUCUAUUGGCCUUUUUAUUUGUCCAAUUUACACUCUGUUUUGAUAUUACUCUAACAUAUCGUUUUGUUAUUGUUUUAAAAAUUCAAAAAUGCUCUCUACGCUUUGUAAAUCUCAUAAUUGGACUGAAAAAACGAAUGGUGGUAUUAUAUUUAAAAGAAAACAAAGAGAAAGACGAAGCAAGUGAAUUUAAUGACAUGACAUCUAUAUCGUCUUGAUCAUCAGAUUUAAAAGCUACGUAGCCCGUGGUCCAAAGUGUUAUAUUAUUGAUAUUAAAUUACAGUAUUAAACACGUGUUAAUAAUCAUUCAAGUUGCGAACUUGUAAAUAUUGCAUGCAUGUGCCUGAUAAUUAUACAUACAUAUAUUGACAGUAAAAAAAAGUGUAUUUUUAUAUUAAAUUUUUCUAUAUUCGCACUUGUGCAUUGAUAAACAAAUUGUAUAUACACUUGAAAAUUGAUUUUUUGCGCUCAUUGUAAUUUUAUAUUAUUCAUUUCGUCAUCUAAUCAUUAUUUUUUUUUUAAAUAUCGGACACUGUUUCUUAAUUGUUGAAUAUGAUACAGUCAAAUCAAUCUUUAAGCUUCUACUGUUUUGUUCCACGGGCUAUUUAGUUCACUGAAUGACAACAAUGAUAAUACUCUUAAUAAAUUAAUAACGUUAUUUUUUAAUUCUCAUGAUCCAGUAUACAUAUACACUCGCAUGCAUAUAUGCAAACGUAUUAACUAGUGAUUUUAUUAUUUGUUUUAUAUUUUUGGCUUUAAAGUAACUCACACGAAAAGUGUACUUGCGCUCGAUGCGGAAAUGAAAAACAAAGUAUGGUGAUUUAUUCCAAUUGUACAAUGCAGUACUUUUGCGAUGAUUAUAAUUUAAAUAAUUAUUAUUAAUUAUACUUAUUUCAUUAUAAAUAUAUCUUAAUAAUAAUCCUCAAUUCUCAUACUAUUUCCAUACUUUGUUAACCGAAUAAUUGAUAGUAUAAAAUAUGGAGAAUUUACUUACAAGUUAGAUAAGGCAUUAAGAAAACGGGAAUGAUUUUUAUACAUUAAAUUUAACGAGUAAUUAUUUUAUAAUAUACUUGAUAUUAUAAAUGAGAUAAAUAUUUAGAAAAGCUUCUACAUAUUUUACAUCUCAUUUAUUAAAGAAUAAAAAAAAAAAAAAAACACGUAUUUAGUGUACUUAAAAAUUCGUAUAGCGCAAUUUACAUGAUCAUAAAUAGAACAAAAAAUAUUUUUGAGAUAUAAGAAAAUUAUUCUGCCAUUAGAUAAAAUAGAAAAUUUUAUUAUUUUUUUUUACAAUCACAAUAAAAGUUUUUUAGCCGAAUGAAAUUAAAUUGAUAAAAAUUACAGUAUAAUUUUUUAUUUUCACCGAUUUUUAUUUGUCUUGUCGAAAUAGAUUCUUAUUUAAAGAAGAAUUUUUUGUUCUUUUUAAUGAGUGAUAACAUAAUUUGAUAUUACAAUGAUAGUCAAAAAUAACUUGAUGAUGACAAAGAUACUCAAAAAGUAUGGCCAGAUACGAUGCAGGAAUUACAGUAAUGAUACAAAUAAUUGCUCUCUACACAAGAAGUUGAAAAUAAUAAAUUUUAUUGUUCCAGGUAUUUAAAUCGGGAUUAUUAUGAAAAAGAUAAAUUAAAACUGAUUAUUCGGUAACCACCUUUUCCAUUGAUUUAAUUAAUUAUUUUCCAAUUGUACAGAAUAUAAAUAAUGAAAUAAUAAUUAAUAGCCUGCUAUUAAUAAAUGAUUUUCUCAAAUAGCGCAUAACUAUGGCCAGUGCAUUUACACUCAUGUAUUGUUAUACCUAAUAAAUGUCAUAUACCUAAAUAACUUUGCCAAAAAUAGAUUUAGUCUGUAACAUAGAUAUAGUUAAGGGCAUAAAACACAAAUUUGUCAUUUUUUUUACUCAUUUUUCUUCUUAAAAAAUUUACUAUUUUUUUUUUUUUUACUUUUUCAUGUAGAAAGUAACUUAAUAACCGAAUAAUCGUUGAACGCAAAGAAAAACCGAUAUAUAAAUGCCUGGACAAAUUAGUAAUAGUUGUUAUCCAUGGAGCCUUAUAAACAAACAAGUAAAAUAUGUUUAUAUAUAAAUAUAUAUUCAUAUAUUAUAUAAAUUUACUAUUCUAUAUGAUGAUACUCAAACAGAAAAUGUUGAUAAAGCCUCGAGGCAUUAAUGACCAUAACGACGUUGAUAGAAGUGAGACAUGAAUUAGCCUGACGAGUUGAUGAAGAAAGUGAUUGAAUACUUCUUUGACUCGUUAAUUGAUUGUGAUUCUUCCAUUGUGCACUUCCUUUUUUAUAUAAAUCAAUCGGAUCAACUUGUAACAUUUUUAUUGUAUUAGCCAUAAAAUGAUAAAAUAAUGAUUGAGAGAAGAUAUUUAAAAUAUAUGCCAAUGUGUGCAUUAAUCUUACGAUCGUUCAUUUUUAUAAGAUAACAUCAAAUUUUAUACCGAAUAAAAUAAAAAUCGAAGAAAAAAUUACUUUAGCAAAUACACAA